UCUCCCGGAACUUCCGCCCGCUCUGAACGGAAGUAGGUACGUGGCCGCUUCAGCUGACAGUCUACAUGAUGGCGACAGAGGUUCAGAGCGGCGACCUCGACAGCGCUACUUCUAGCCGGCUCGAAGUUUCCAUCGAUGGCCUCACCCUCAGUCCCGACCCGGAGGGCGAGCAGACCCAGGUCGAGGAGCCGGACCCCGAACCCGCCGAACCCGAGAACGACACGUCGGGUGCCGCGGGAGGCGAAGAUGGAGAGACGGCUAAAUCAGCCAUAGAGAAUAAAUGGGGUUUCCCUUUGCUCGAGCUCUACGGCAUGGGCCUGAAAUUCUUCAAAGAUAAAGAUGGAAAGGCCUUUCACCCGACCUAUGAGGAGAAGCUUCGGCUGGUGGCUCUGACCAAACAGGUGCUACUGGGGCCAUAUAAUCCUGAUGCUUCACCGGAGGUCGGCUUCUUUGAUGUCCUAGGCAACGACCGCAGGAAAGAGUGGGCCUCCUUGGGUAACCUGGAGAAGGAGGAGGCCAUGGUGGAGUUUGUCAAGCUGCUGAACAAGUGCUGUAACCUUUUUGCCCCCUACGUCACCUCACACAAGAUCGAAAGGGAGGAGCAGGAGAGGAAAAGGAAAGAAGAAGAGGAGCGUCAGCGACUGGAAGAGGAGGAGAUGGAGCGGCAAAGGCAGGAGGAGGAGAGACGGAGGCUUGAGGAGGAGGAAAGGCAGAGGAGAGAGGAAGAGGAAAGGAGACAGGCAGAGGAGGAGAGGCUACGGAUUGAGCAGCAGAAACAACAGAUUAUGGCGGCGUUGAAUGCUCAGACAGCAGUGCAGUUCCAGCAGUAUGCUGCUCAGCAGUACCCCAACAGCCCGGAGCAACAGCUGGGCCUCAUCCGUCAGCUCCAGGAGCAGCACUACCAGCAGUACAUGCAACAGCUCUACCAGGUCCAGCUCGCCCAGCAGCAGGCGGCCUUACAGAAGCAGCAGAUGCAGGCGGAUUCGAUGGUGCAGGGCACCCUUGAAUCCAGUGGCUUAUGUAGUGGUGAAUCCAUCGCUGCCUCAGCAGCAGGACCGUUGUGUGCAGCACCACCACCUGCUAGUGAGGAAACCCCCACAGUCAAUGGAGGCCAGUCGGACUCUUACUCGGAGAGCAUGGACAGGGAGCCAGAGCCGGAGCCGGCAGAGGAGGUCUCAGAGAACGGGCCUUUAUUAGCAGACUCCCCACCAGUCAUUGCAGCUCCCUCCAUGUGGACACGGCCACAGAUCAAGGACUUCAAGGAGAAAAUCCGUCAGGACGCAGACAGUGUGAUCACAGUGGGCCGUGGGGAGGUGGUGACGGUGCGAGUGCCCACCCACGAGGAGGGCUCCUACCUUUUCUGGGAGUUUGCCACAGACUAUUAUGACAUCGGCUUCGGGGUCUUCUUCGAGUGGACGGACGCUGCCUCUGCUUCGGUCAGCGUGCACGUGUCGGAGUCCAGUGAUGAGGACGAGGAUGAGGAAGGUGAGCCUCCCAGUGAGGAGGAGAAGGCGAAGAAGGAGGCAGGGAAGCCCCAGGUGGAUGAGAUUGUGCCGGUGUACCGGCGGGACUGUCAUGAGGAGGUGUACGCCGGCAGCCAUCAGUACCCCGGCCGCGGAGUCUACCUGCUCAAGUUUGACAACUCCUAUUCACUCUGGCGUUCCAAGAGUGUUUACUACAGAGUCUACUACACCAGAUAAGCCUGAAUACAGACACAGGGGAGCCAAGGAGUGUGUAUGUUCAUAUAUAUGUGUGUGUGUGGGUGUGUUUGAAGGAAAAAGUGAUACCAGAUCUAUUCUGGACAAAACCACCAGAGGGCGACAAAGAGACUCAUCUGAAGCCCUAGUUUGGAGAUUGGACUAAUAUGUAUGUGCUGUUUGUGUAUGCGUGUCCCAAGAUACACCCCUGCUAGAGCCCGUCAUCGAGCCCUUGGAAGAGGAGUGUGUGUGUGUUCCAGUUGUAUAUUCACCACCUGUCCUCGCUGCGCUCACAUAGACCGAGCUGUAGGACUUCUCUCUCUCUCUCUCUCAUAUUGUAUUGACCACUUCUCACCCUGGGCUCCUCUUCUGUCACCACCCUCAGCCCAACACUGUCCAACGUGGCCUUGUGGCUGCUUCUGCCCCGAGUGACGCUUUCAUAACCGUGAUGAGCGGAAACCCGGCUGAGUCCAGCACUCUUUUGAGAGCCAACGUUUCCUGUUUGGUGGUAAUGGUGGUUGUUAAUCCCACAAGAACACAGACAAUGUCGAAAAUCUAAUGAUAUAUUGCAAAUGUGCUUCAUAACACUAUGCCUCUGUUCCACAGAGAGCUUCUGGUCUUUGCCAAGUCUCUCACACACAUUAAAAACACCAUUAUACACAGACCUAAUCACCUUUUUUGUUGUGCAACAGUAGUCAGUUGUUCUCCUCUUUAGCAACCAUACAUAUGUUAAGAUCUGAGAGGAUUUUUAGGGGAAGCGAGGUUCUUUUUGGCUUAUUCUCGCACAAAAACAAUAUCUUUCACCUUUUUAUUUCUUGAUACAAUCUGAUUCACCAGGAGUAGAUUUUUUUUUUUCUACUGGCAAAAUGUAUGAAGGACAAGAAUUCAUUCCAUGGUUUAGAGUGAACUCAAAAUAGACCCAUAAGUGUUAAAGGAGUGAGUAUAGAAUAACAUGCAUAAGGAAAGGUAGGCCAUCUGGCUUUUACAAACUCAAUCAUCUCAGUGUCACUCAAUAAAUAUUUGUUCUCCCUUUCACCUCCUGAGUUUCCGUUUCCACAUGACUGAUUACAUCAAAUCAUCAACUUUCCAAUUAUUCAUGACGGUAUCAAGAAAACUAGUAUUACGACAGACGUUAUAUUAAUUUUACCUAUGAGGAUUUUUGUGUUUAUCAUUCUGAAGUUGCUGUACUCAGUUCUGACACACAACUCAGCCUAACAAUAAAAAUUGUCAUGUUUUGGAGGUCAAGGCACACUGUUACAUCUCUGCAGCACUCAGAAAUCAAAAUCCAUAACAUAAAAUGCUGUGUUGCUGUUCUGUUUUGUUCUUCCUGGUUUGGAUUAACUCAAAUUGUCAUCUCAAAAAAGGUUUCAAUGUAUGAAUAAACUGAGAUUAUGUAGACUUAUUUUUGUGUGUUUUGGGACAUGGUUGCUCACUAAAUCUGUUGUGUUUUCAACUUUUCUAAGUUAAUUUGCUACCAUACUUUAGAUUCAUUCUGUUGUUCAGUUUCACAUUACUUGCGUAUGCUUUGUAAACCUAACACAGGUGCAUUAUGAGCAAUGUGUGUGAUGUGUUCAGUAGGCGUCAAACAUUGGGUUUUUCUUUAUAAUUAUUUUUUGUGUGUCUGCAACCAAACUUUAAAGACAGAGGCGGAAUAACUUGUAAAUUAAGUAAUCCUGCAAUGCUGAGUGUGAGUUCAUCAUAUUAUUUAAUAAUUAGAUGCCACUCCCACCUAUUCAGUGAUUUGUGUAACGAAAUGUCACUAUGGCUUAACUGAGUCAUAAAGUUAAAGAAAGUUUCUGUAUGUUCCCAUGGGUGAUAUUUGUUUUUCUUAAGUUUCUUAUUGCUCACCAAAUGGUUUGAGUUGACAUGUUCAAGCCUUGUAUGUAAAUAAUUCUAUAGUUUAUGUCUGGGUUUUUAGAGGUGGAAGAAGGCUAUGGUUAUGAGAAACAAUGCACUGUAAAAUAUGGUGAAUGAGAUAUAUGUAUACGAUUUACCCCGAAUGAAAGUCCAAAACUCGUAGGAAGUAUGAAACUGUAAGACUCUAUUGACAUGACAGACAGAAAAGCUCAUCUUUUUGUAUUGUUUUGACUUGUUUGGAUCUCUUAUGAGUUGCAAGAUCUUAUUUUUUUUUGGGGCAUAUAUUUAAUCUUGAUUAAACUUAUGUUCAUCUCUUGAA